UACAACGUUCUCAAUGCGCUCAGGUUCUUCUACAAAGAUCGUCCCGGUCAGUCGGUGGGGGACACUCAAGGUGGACACCUAACCACCAUCCGAGGACUGAAUGAGGAAUAUAAUCAUAUAAUUGCCGUGGACCUGUAUUUUUGUCAUCGCGUGAUGUGCGCGAUUCAAUUCUUUUUCCCGGGAGGUCAGACGAAGGUAUUGGGUAAUAGGUCAAACGCAAAUGCUCUGAAGAUUAGUUGCGGACCGAUUGGAAAGAAUAAUGAUUUUAAGUUGACGGGCAUAAAAAUGGCGAGCUCAACUGCCGAUUCACCGGAAAGUUGUCUUGCGGUCGGAUACGUGGCAUUGUGUUUUGAAUAUGUACGAGUAGAAAAGGAAAGUGAAAAUUAG